ACAUCUCGCGUGACAGUAAUCCCCUCCGUUUUGUCACGGUAUUCCUUCAUCUGUGUUUCUUGCGUCUCCCGCAGAGCAUAAGAAAAUGGCACUCUCCCCUAUCUCCCCACUGUCCAUAAAAUCCCUCGGCAAUAUCUCUUCAUCGAAUUCAAAGGUUCCUUCCACUCUGCAAUCUCUCGCAAAGCCUUUUGUCAUUGUCAGUCAGAUAGACUCGAAGAGAAAAUCUUUUCACGAUUAUUCUGAAACAAGGCACUCGGUGGCGAAAUCAGAGUCAAAGAAAUGGAGCAAACUGGUUUCAACCGCACUGGCUGCUGCGAUUGUUACCUUCAGCUCCAACAUGUCUGCUCUUGCUGAUCUCAAUAAGUUUGAAGCAGAGACUCGUGGCGAAUUCGGGAUAGGAUCAGCGGCCCAGUUUGGUUCUGCAGAUCUCAGGAAAGCAGUACAUGUGAAUGAGAAUUUCAGAAGAGCCAAUUUCACAUCUGCCGAUAUGAGGGAAUCUGAUUUUAGUGGUUCAACAUUCAAUGGUGCAUAUCUUGAGAAAGCCGUGGCAUACAAAGCCAAUUUUACAGGUGCGGAUUUGAGUGACACGUUGAUGGACCGCAUGGUGCUGAACGAAGCGAAUCUCACAAAUGCCGUGCUGGUUAGAACGGUGCUUACCCGCAGUGACCUAGGGGGAGCCCUUGUUGAAGGUGCUGAUUUCAGCGAUGCUGUUUUGGACCUUCCACAGAAGCAGGCUCUUUGCAAAUAUGCAAAUGGCACAAAUCCUAUUACAGGGGUUAGCACCAGAGUAAGCUUAGGUUGUGGGAACAGUCGACGCAAUGCUUAUGGUACCCCAUCAUCUCCGCUGUUAAGUGCUCCACCACAGAAACUGCUCGACCGGGAUGGUUUCUGUGAUGAAGACAGCGGUCUUUGUGAUGCAAAAUAAUAUCAAGACUCGAUCAUUAUAGGGAAUUAAAUAGCUUAGUUGCACACAGAUCCAUGUGGGAUAUUGAAAAUUCAGUGCUAAAUGUAACCUCUGGAUGCAACACCUACAGAAGUCAUAUGGAACAGGAGGAUGAAUGUAUUUAGUUUGUAUAAACAAUCAGAACAGUUUUGUUUAACUGCUCUAUGAUUGCCGUAGAUUGUAUUUGCCAAUACCAUCUCUGUUUUGAGAA